AUGUCCGGACCUCCGUCUCGCCUCCGCAGUAUCCUCGGGCACCUACUCCCGUCUCAAUCCUCGGCGUCAUCCUCCAAGACCGGAGAAACAUGGCAACACAGUCAUCAUAUGCACACCCUCUCACCAACAUACUUCCUUCCGCGGGCUGCGGCUAUCGAGCCCCAGGCUGAGGCGAUAGUCCACAUCACCGCGAACGGCUCAGUCCUCCGCCGGACCUACCAGGAGUUUGCAGACCGCGCCAGAGGCCUUGCAUAUUAUCUCAAGACGCACGGCUACAAGCGAGUCGGAAUUCUGGCGCCGAACACGCCUGCCUUCUUGGAAUGUGUUUUCGGGAUUGUCGCUGGAGGGGCUGUUAUCGUGCCCGUCAAUUACCGGCUCAAGGAGGAUGACAUAGGCUAUAUCUUUGAGUUUUCCGAAGUGGAUAUCAUUAUUGCAGACUGGGAGUUUGAAGGGCUCCUAGCGGCUUUCAGAAAAACUAAGCCGAAUGUGAAGAUCAUCGUUGAUACGGACACCGAUGCUACUGAAGGCGAGCUUUGCGGUCCCUUUGAUGAAAUUGUCGCAGAAGGUCUGACGUAUGACCGGCAAAACGGCAGUCAGGGCUGGGAAGGCUUGUAUAUCUCAGCCGAGAACGAGGAUGAGAUGCUAGCCAUUCCAUUCACGUCGGGGACGACAUCGCGACCAAAGGGGGUCGUCUACUCCCAUCGUGCCGUGCGCGGUACAAACAUCUGCCUCCGAAAGAUCGAUUACCCGCUGAUCUGGCGGCUGUUGAAAUCCGAAAGUGUAACGCAUUUCAACGCCGCACCAACGGUGAACACACUUCUGUGCGCCGACUCCAACGCCGCUCCUCUUGAUCGACCCUGCCAGGUCACUGUGGCCGCAUCGCCUCCUUCCGGCCACCUCUUCGAGCAGAUGACAAACCUCAACCUGCAUCCAGUACACGUGUACGGGAUGACGGAGACUUAUGGGCCGAUCACCAAGGGCUAUAUCAUGCCUGAGUGGGAUUCCCUGGAUCCCAAAGAGAAGUAUCAGCUCAUGGCGCGGCAGGGCCAUGGUUUCGUCGCGAGCUUGCCUAUCAGGGUGAUCAAGACGGAUCAGCCGGAGGGUGUGCUUGUCGAUGUUGCUAGGGAUGGCAAGGAGAUUGGAGAGGUUAUCUUCUUUGGUAACAUCUGCUCCAAGGGCUACUUCAAGGACCCCGAGGCGACAAAGACGCUGUUCGCUGGCGGUGGCCUGCAUUCAGGCGACUUGGCUGUUCAUCACCCCGACGGAGCGAUCCAGAUCUUGGACCGGGCGAAAGACAUCAUCAUCUCAGGGGGAGAGAACAUCUCCUCUGUAGCGCUCGAGGGCAUGUUGGUCAAACAUCCAGAUGUCCUCGAGUGCGGUGUGGUGGCCGUCCCGGACUCGCACUGGGGUGAGCGGCCCAAGGCUUAUGUGACGGUGAAGCAAGGGAAGAACGUAGAAGGCAAGGACAUUGUCGACUGGGCGAAGCACCAGAGCCAGAUCUCGAAGUUCAUGGUCCCCAGGGAGGUGGAGAUCGUGUCAGAGCUGCCCAAGACGUCGACCGGGAAGAUCAAGAAGAACGACCUGCGGGAGUGGGCGAAGCACGGUCAGCACAAGGAGUGA